AUGUCUGAGGAUUAUCAUGACGCAAACACUGAACUCGAAGAUAGUCCAGCACCACUAAAAAUCGAAUCCUAUGAACUAACUCAAGAAGAAAUUGAAGAGGCGUUGAAAGGCUUGGUUGGGAAUCCUGCUUGUAGAAGGCCACCAAUUCAAAAAUUAGUUUCCCAAGAACAACUAAUAAAGUUUUUGGUCUAUGGAACCGAACUGUUCCGGCUUUCGCCUAUAUUACUACAAAUAGGCAUCAAACAACGCUGCCUUGUUGUUGGUGAUCUACAUAGCAGUAUUGAUGACUUGCUCAGCAUACUUUAUUACGGCGAUCUUCCUCCAGCAGUUGAUUAUAUAUUUCUUGGUGAUUACUGCGGUCGUGGAAACUAUCGACUCGACGCUUUGGUGUUGAUCCUUUUACUCAAACUCCGUUGGCCUCACAAUGUACAUAUGCUUCGCGGAAGGCAUGAAAGCACAGAGGAAAGCCCAAACGAUGAAUUUUACAGUGCAGUUUUAGAUGCAUACAACAAUAAGAAGGUAUAUUACUUAUUUGCUCGGAUGUUCGAUUAUAUGCCCUUAGCAGCCAUUGUUGAUGGACAGCUUGCUCGAGAUCCAACGCCCUGUAGCGCUUCGGAAUUUGUCUUGUUUGGAAGGAUGCCUGAUAACGGAUUUGCUUUGGGCAGAUCCAGCCCCCAUGCAAAAAAAGUAGCCGUUCUGUUCCGGUUAAAAGAAUUGUUAUUGAGCACUUUAGUAAUAAUUGUAUUCAUACGUUAUAUUGCAAAAGCCCACAGAAAGCCGUUUAUGCCAUCAUCUAGAGGAGCAUCGUUCACAUUUAACGAAGCUGCCUUACGUGCUGCUUUAAGAGUUGUUGACUGUACACAUUUGAUCCGCAGUCAUUGUGAAGUGGCAGAAGGAAUUCGAGAAGAUAUUCGGAACAAAUGUUUUACCAUUUAUUCUGCACACGGCGUUACUGCAAACAAACCACGAGGUAUCUUUAUAACACUUCAACUAGAUUCCAACGGUAACGUAACAAUUGAUAAAAGCCGAGAUACUAUGGAGGUCGCACCUGUGUCGUGUGAACCGCUGGACUGGUGCCGUUAUAUUUUGCACUACAUGCAGCAGAGAUUUGACUCUGACGCGUGCACGUACCUAAAUGAUUUCUGCCAAGAAGAACUGAUAAAACACCGAAACGCUGAAUGUACUUUUGGUGAACAGGUGGUUACUCACAUGCAUCUGACCAGCUGGAUGUUGGAUUACGGCAUCGAUGCAUUAUCAGAAAUAAAGGAGUAUAUUAAGGAUGAUAUACCGCCAAAUGCUAAAUAUUUUCCAACUUAUUUCCCAGUAAUAUUUGACAAGAUUUUUGGAAACGGUGGUACUUUCCGGAUCAUUCUGAACCCAAAUGAAGACAAGAUUAUUCAAAAGGUAUCUUUUCCUACAUUCGAAAAGUUUUUUUGCUUAUUGUUCGCAUUGAAGCCAAAAAAUAAGCGUUCAGCAGACUCAGGCAUCUUUAUCUCAGAAAAAAAUUCAUAG